GGAGAAGAAGAGGAGGAGGAGGAGGACAUUUUACUCACUGCAUAUAUUGUUGGAGCAUUCCUUGAAGCUGGGCUCAAUUCUACUUUUCCUGCUCUGCGACAUGGGCUCUUUUUCCUGGAGGAGGCAUUGGAAACUGGUGUCACCAAUGACUAUAAUCAUGCAAUGCUGGCUUAUGUUUUUGCAUUAGCUGGAAAAGAGGAGCAGGUGGAAUCCUUACUCCAGGUCCUGGAUCAAUCUGCUAUCAAAGAAAAUAAUGUAAUAUAUUGGGAAAGAGCUAAGAAAUCCAAGACAGAAGCACCCCCAUCCUUUAUUCCUCCGGCACCUUCUGACGACACUGAGAAGACUUGCUACGUGCUGUUGGCCAUCAUUUCCCAAAAAGCUCCUGACCUCACCUAUGCUAGUCAGAUUGUGCAGUGGGUUGCUCAACAAAUGAAUUCCCAAGGAGGCUUCUCUUCCACCCAGGUAAUUGGUGUGAGUCUGGUGUUAAUAACAAUAUUUGACAGCAAAGAUAAUCAUAGAAAAUACUGGCAAGGUUAA